UUGAAGGCUUCAGACUUUGCGGCUGAUUAUUCUCCUGGAAAUGUUGCCGCUGAAUGGAUUGAUACUGAGUCUGAAUGUAAUGAAAUCAAUUGCGAUGAUGAUAAUCUUGUACGUAAGGCUCCCGUGAUGGAUAUUACUGGAAGUGAUGAUAAAAUACCUGGGCUAAAUAAGAUAAAGCGUGAUGGUUUGGAUAACACUGCUUCGGUUGAUAGCUCUAAUGUGGACCCUGUGGUCACCACACGUCUGGGUCGAGUUCGCGGUCUUACUUUAGAUAAAGCUUAUGUGUUUUCUGGGAUUCCGUAUGCGGACCCUCCAGUGGGGGUGAAACGCUGGGCGUCUCCUUCACCCGCGUCACCUUGGACAUACAUAUAUGAUGCCACAUUUCCCCGUCCUGCAUGCAUGCAGGUAUGCGCUGGAGAGUUCUCUCAGGUUAGCGAGGACUGUCUUUAUCUAAAUGUGUUUGUCCCAUUGAGUGUCAAUUUAUCAUCACCAAUAGUGACAUCACUCCCAGUGAUGGUGUGGAUUCACGGUGGUGACUUCGUCGCUGGCUCCGCCUCCAAACCAUUGUAUGAUGGACGCUUCAUCAGUAACUAUAGCAACACAGUGGUUGUAAACAUAGAGUAUCGUCUUGGUGCAUUUGGGUUCUUAGUCACGGGAAUAGAUCCAGAGAGCUCUGCAGUUGGGAAUUAUGGGAUUCUAGACCAGCAGGCAGCCUUGCUGUGGGUCCAAGAAAACAUUGCUGCUUUUGGAGGAGACCCAAAUAAGGUGACUCUCUUUGGCGAGAGCGCCGGAGCCCAAUCGGUGUGUCUUCAUCUAAUGGUACAGAACAGCGAGUCUUUGUUUAGACAUGCAGCCGUACAGAGUUUACCAUUCUCUAUACCAUUAAAAACAAGGUUGGAUGCCAUGAAACUGGGUUGGGAUUUUGCUAAACUGACAAACUGCUCAGUAUUUGAUCUGGCUUGCCUGCGGUCCCUCAGUGCUCAAGAUGUGCUCAACGCCCAGGUUAAAUCAGGUAAGAGCAUAAACCCCUUCCGCUUCCUGGAAGCCUUUGAGACCUGGGGGCCAUUCAUUGACAGAGAGCUGAUCCAGGAACAACCAAUCACAGCCUUCCAAAAAGGCCAUUGGCAAAGUUACAAGCCAGUUAUACUAGGUACGACCUCUGAGGAAGGUGUGCUCUUUGUUUAUGGGAUUUUUAAUAAAUCUGUGUCAAUGCUGGAAAGUGUGCUGUACAUUGCGGCUAUUUUUAAGCAACAUACACUUAAAAUUCUGCACAAAUACAUCCCAUUCUACCGAAACGUGGACAAACGGGUCAUGCUUUCACAGAUUGUAACAGAUUACAUGUUUCUGUGCCCGACCCGAUGGUCUGCCCGUUCUGGAGUGAGCGUCGGUGGAUCGGUCUGGAUGUAUGUAUUCGACCAUCCACCGUCUGAUGACAGCAUAUGGGCGAAUCUUACGUUUUGCUUUAAUCACACUUGUCAUGGAGCAGAGCUUCCCUUUUUGUUUGACUCCGCCCCUAGCACUAACCUCACACUUACUCCUCAAGAGACCCUCUUAGCCAAUCAGAUGACAUGUUACUGGGGAGCAUUUGCGCACGCAGGGGACCCAAAUUCACGGGGGGAGCAGACACCCUUCUGCAGAGAGCAGAGGCUUCCUGUUUGGCCAAAAUACACAUUCACUGAGGGCUGGUCAAUCCUCAACCUGACUCUACAGUCACACCCACAGCAUGGGAACAGAGACCAUUUCUGUGAUUUUUGGGACAGGUUGGACCUUUAUUGAGGAAUGGAGAUUUGGGACUGGGUGAAGGAUGCACAACAUCAUGGUCCUAAAUAGAAAUAGUAAAUAGAAACAUAGCUAUUGAGCUAAUUUAUCAAUUUUCUUAUUUCCUUAUGGCAGUUUAUUAACAAGCUAUCUUUUCUUUUUCUGUAGUCCAUACUAUAAUGUCACUUCUUUUGUAAAUAAACAUGGCAUACUUAAAAGAAUAAAAUGAGCUGUACAGUUAUAGGGAUAGUUCCCCAAAAAACCC